AUGGACAUCAAGAGAAAUCAAUGUCAAGGUUGUUAUGGCAUAUUUAAAAAUGAGAAGGGCUUAGCCUUGCACAAGAUGAGAUCAACAGCAUGUCCUUCUUCAUUAUACUAUAAGAGACCACAGAAUAUAAGACUCACUCAUCAAAAUUCUACAUCAUCAUCUCAUAAUAAAAGAUUAACAAGAUCUACUUCAAGGCAUGACUCUUUGCUUCAACCCUUAGAGUUUUAUUCACAGCAUUCUUUAAGCCGCUUAAGCUCUCGAUUGAACUCAAACAUGAAUAUAAAUCCUUCUAAUUCAAGUCAUCAGAGUCAUAUCAGCUUAAAUCCAGACAACACAAGUUCAUUAUCUGAUUCGCAAGAGAUUUUUGAAAAUGCUUUACCUUCUUUUACAAAGGAAAACACCGAAAUAACCUUUGGACAUACCUUUUGCAAGUGUAUAGAGAGUAUUUUUGAUAUCAUUACUUUUAUUAUCAUUUGGUGGUUUGAAACAAUUAGUUUAAAUAACGAUGCUAUUGUAUUUUCUUUUAUGCAGAAAAACCCAUACGUUAUGUUUAUAUUGAAGCUUAUAUUUAUGGCUUCUCAAGUUUUAUUUAUCAUUUUAACUGGAUGGUGUUAUUGUGUUUAUUUGGAUGGAGGAGCGCUUGAUACAAUUGAAUAUUACAUACUUAAAAAAUAA